AUGGAGUCCACAAGCCUUGAUCUGGUCCUAACGACCGCGCUAGAAGGUCGAAUGAAAGACUUGCGAACACGACAGUGCAUACUCAGAGCUCUCCAUGCGAAAUUGGUUGAGAAUGCGGAUGAUUUGUUAAGGGCUACGGUGGAGGAUGAUCGAGUCUCUCACGAGGAGGCCCAGGUUAUACUUUCCGCUAGUCUCUCAGAACUUCGCGCCCACUAUGACAGACUCGACCUGAAGGAAGAGUUGGAGGCGGAGUAUAGCAUCGCGAGAAAGGAAUCGUGCUUGAACAAUAGAGUCCCAUUUGGCAUUGCAUACGUGGUUCCCGACGUAUAUGCGGCAGUGUUCAGCAUCAUUACGGCUCUCUCCGCGGCCAUCACUGCUGGGAAUUGUGUCGUUAUAGAGCUCCAGGAUAGUCUCCGUCGCUGUCCAAGUGUACUCCGUCACUGUCUUGCAGAUCUGCAAUAUAACGAUGCCGUAUCAACGGUCGCCAAACGACCUGGACCGGAGUUUUUGCGCCAUUGUCUUCUUGUAGACCAAAUGAUGGAGAACAAUUCAGAGCAAUCUGAAUGCCUUCACUUGUUGGCCUCGACUCCUCAGAGAACAGUGGCCAUUGUGGACCGGACAGCGGAUGCAAGUGCAGCGGCCAAGGAGAUAGUGGCCUCUAGAUUCCUAUUCCAAGGCCAAGGCCGUUACUCUGUUGACCAGGUUUUUAUAAACGAAUACGUUAUAGAAGCAUUUCACAUUGCCCUGAUGAAAGAGAUUGCUGCAUCUCUCACAAUCAGAGACUCGAAGUUGGAAGCCAAUGAUCCCCGUGGAACAACUCCGAGACCAAAAGUGGCUUCGGAGAAGCCUGGAUUGCCAGUGCUAGAAAUACGUGACAGGUCCGAUACCCUCCUGCACCGCAGGCAGAAAACACUGGGCGUGAUUAUCCACAAGGUAACUAGCUUGGACGACGCUAUCGACACUAUCAGUGAGAGCGGUCAACGACUCGGUGCUCUCUAUCUCUUUGCAGGCUCCGACGAAGCGAAGUAUCUAUCCCAAUUUAUUUCAUCGCGAACAACCUUUGUCAAUCACAUCCCCCCGGAACUGCAAAUUGGACCUGCCUACCCUGAAGGGUUCGAGACGUCCAGUGCCCUUAGAUAUACGCGAGAGAUGUUUGAGACCCCGAGGCCUGAAAGGGUGGAUGAUGGCAAGGUUCGACAUUCGAUGACACUGUGGAAUCAUAUAAAAGAUGGCAAAUCUCCAUUAAUCUUGUCUAAGGCUUGUCGCCCACUGAAGCCCACGGGCCAGGGCAAGGCAGGAGCGAUGGAUUUCUUUUUGCAAGGCAUGAUAUUGAACAUGGUCGUGUGUGUCCUGCCCUUGGCCGCUUUAUCAGUGGUUGCCACAGGUAAGGGUAUUUCAUUCCUAUACCAGCGGUUCCUCAGCCAUUAA